AUGAAUAAAAUGGAUGACCAAUUGGCCGAAUGCCGGGAGAUUUUUUGUUAUUUUGACUCAAAAGGAGAUGAAAAAAUAAAUGUUAAACAAGUUGGUGAUGUACUUCGAGCUUUAGGUCAAAAUCCAACUGAGGCUGAGAUUCACAAAUGUUGUGAAAAUUGGACUAAUCCUGAGGCGCGUAUUUCUUUUGAAGAAUUUGUUCCCAUCUAUCAAGCAGUCAGCAAAAAUUCGGGACAAUUUACUAAAGAACAAUUCGUUGAAGGACUUUCUCAUUUUGAUCGAGAAGGAAAUGGGACUAUUGCUUUAAAACAUUUGUUGACAACUUUGGGGGAACGUCUUAGCGAUGAGGAAGUUGAGCAACUUUUGGCUGGUCAUGAGGUCGCUAAUGGUGGUUAUGUUAAUAUUGAAUCUUUUGUUGAGGCUAUUAUUCACCGGUAAAUAGUGAAAUAAAAAACUAAUAAUUUUUGAAAUAUAACCAGAAUUUGGGGAUAAGUUUAAUAUUAGAACAAAUAAUUAGGAAUUUUGAACUUUAUUGGACCUUUUUCAUUUUUCCCUCUUUUAUUUUCAUGGAAGGCGAGCCUGACCUAAAUGUGGAGGCAGAAUAUUAUCC